AUGACCAUGCAGAGCGCUCCUCCUGGGAACGGGCCCAGUGCAACCGAUAUGCAGUAUUACUAUCAAUACUUAUACCCUUUCAAACCAGUGUUUCACUGGCUAAAUCACUCACCAAAACCAGGUCGCGAUAUGAUGCACAGAGAGCUUGCCAUGGCGUUUCGGUCUGGCGCUUAUAAGAGAUACAAUUCAUUUGACUCUGUGCAAGACUUUAAAGCGCAAAUCCAACGAGCCAACCCGGACAGAUUCGAAAUUGGAGCUAUCUAUAACAAGCCUCCACGUCAAAUGGAUUCAAUCCUCAAAGCCGAUAUGAAGCCACUAGAAAAGGAAGUUGUGUUUGAUAUCGACAUGGAUGACUAUGAUUCUUACAGAACGUGUUGUUCAGGAGCGAACGUCUGCUCCAAAUGCUGGAAGUUCAUUUCCUUGGCAAUGAAGGUACUCAAUGUUUCUUUGGAAGAAGACUUUGGCUACACAGACUAUAUUUGGGUUUUUUCCGGAAGACGUGGUGCUCAUUGUUGGGUAACAGACAAGAGAGCAAGACAGUUGAAUGACAUACAGAGACGAAACGUGUUAGACUACAUGAAUGUAGUGAGGGAGAGGAACAUGUCCAAGCGAUUGAAUCUGAAGCGUCCUUAUCAUCCGCAUUUGGUCCGCUCUUUAGAUAUUCUAAAGCCAUAUUUUGUCGAGAUCAUUUUGCGAGAACAAAAUCCAUGGCAAGAAGAUGAAGCGGCCAUUCAAGGGUUGCUUCCUGGCCUUCAUGACAAAGUUCUCAUCGAAAUCUUGAAAAAGCAUUGGAAGAUGCAUGAAAAUCGAACUAGUGAACAGAAAUGGUCGGAUAUCGAUUCCUUAGCAACCUCCCAAUUAAAGCAUCAAUCCGCGUUGAAGAAAUCUGAUUAUUUCAACAAACUGCGAGAGUGCAAAGAAGACUUAGUUCUAGCAACACUGUACCCAAAAUUAGAUGUUGAGGUCACUAAGCAAACCAUCCAUUUACUAAAGGCACCAUUCUGCAUACAUCCAGCAACAGGAAAUGUCUGUGUUCCCAUCACAGAGAAUUUCACUCCUAGUGAUGCUCCAAAAUUAAUCCAACUGCAGAGCGAGAUGGAAACAAAUGGAAAUAGAAUUGAAAGUACUUCCCUUCAGCCUUUCCUGGAUCAAUUCCAACAAUUUGUUAACCAGGUUACAAAGAGAGAACUGGCCAGUUCUAAAAGAGAAAGAGAGGACGAACUUAACGAUGAUUUUUGA